CUUGUUUUGUGCAACAACCGAACUUAUCACCCGAAUUUCAAGAAUUAAACCUCCAAAAAUCACUAUUUCGCCGGAAUUACAUAAAAAGAGCCAUUUUCCGUACUUUUCCAUACAAAAAUCAUUUCAAAGGUGUGUGAAAAUCCCUUAAAACCCCUAAAAACAACAAAAGAAGACAAUUUUUUUCCAUAUCGCAUCGUGAGGAAAAUUAAUUAAUUUAAGGAGAAAGGAGGAAAAAAAUGCGAUCGUCCCCGAAUUUCGUCGCAGAUCUGGCAAAUGGAAGUUUUUUCUAACAUCGAAGCAAUAUCCCGUCGUCGUCUAUGGGCACAACCGUCAUAAAUAAUGUAAUACAUGCCAGCAAAAUGUUGACGAACAAAACACAAAGGCUGAUACUCGGCGUCGUGCUGCUGCUGCUCGUCGACAUCAUUUGGGUUUCGUCGAGCGAACUCACAAAAUUCCUGUACGAAAAUGAGCAAUAUGACAAACCCUUCUUUUGUACAUAUUUCAAGACAUCCAUGUUCACGUUGUAUCUCGUGGGUCUCGGAGUGUUGGCGCCAUGGCGAAAUUCCUGCGCCAAAAGCGGUUCUUACACGCUGGUCGAGCAAAAUGACGACGACGAGCCUGUCGGCAGCAACGGAAUGGUUCAUUCGCCGAGCAGUUUGAGCGAUUCGACGUUUGUGCCCAUCAAAACGCCGAGCGAGCAAGUCAGCGGCACCGAAAGUGAUGAUUCGUCGGUGCGGAGCGUGCGAUUUAACAAGUUGGCGGAGGUGCGGGAAAUGAGUCCGCAUGAAGCGAGUGACGCGCUGAUGUCGCGGCUGUCGUAUUCGGCAAGUAUUCGGUUUAGGAGGCAGAAAACGCAUCACAAGACCGCGAGAACGGCGCUGAUGUUUUGUAUUUUGUGGUUUAUAGCGAAUUAUAUGUUUCAAUUGGCGUUGGAUCCGGCAGAUACGUCGCUCGUAACGUUGCUGAGUACGACUUCGAGCUUUUUUACGUUGAUUCUGUCGUCGAUGUUUCCGUCGAUGUCGGGCGAUAAGUUUACGCUGUCGAAAUUUGUUGCUGUUUUGAUGAGUUGCGGAGGAGCGGUAAUGGUUUCAUUAUCGGAAAUAAGCGACGCAAAAAUGUCCAAAGGAAUUGUCUUGGCAGUGCUGAGUGCAUUCUUCUACUCCGCCUACCUCGUGCUGGUAAAACGCAAAAACGACACCGAGGAGAAAAUCGACUUACCGCUCUUUUUCGGCUUCGUUGGCAUUUGUGGCAUUUUCUUGAUGUGGCCUCUAUUUUUCGUACUUAAUUUUUCGCGCAUCGAAGUCUUCGAAUGGCCGAAUCACAAGCAAUUUGCCGUGCUUUUUCUCAACGGACUCGUUGGCACGGUGCUUUCCGAAGCGCUUUGGCUGUGGGGUUGCCUCCUGACAUCGACGCUAAUUGGCACACUGGCAAUCGCCCUGCAAAUUCCGCUUGCCAUGCUGUUCGACUUGGUGUUGCAUAACAAACAGUACCCACCAUUAUUUUACUUUGGUUCGAUUCCAAUGUUUUUAUCCCUCGUAUUUGUAGCGUUUCUCGUGAAAAAUGACGACAGCGAUCCGCUGCUGCGAUUUUUCAAGAUAGUUUAUCGCAAGUUGUGGAUUUGCCGGAAAACGCACGUCAUCCGCAUCACCGAAAUGGAUGCCGAGCAAAAUGAGUCCCUCAUCCAUGAUGAUGACGAUCAUGAGAGUUAAGUCAAUACCUACAAAAAAAAAGUCUUUCGUUAAAAAAAAAAUAAUUUUAUUAUAAAACAGACACCUAAACACAAAAAAAAAUACAUUUCAUGUAAGAUACCUUGAUAGUAUUUAAUGAAUAAGCAACAAUUUCCAAUUAAAACACGCAGCUAAUAUAUUGAGAACAAACAUUUUGCGCUCUUUUGUGAUAAAAAAUAAAAUAACUUGUAACUUCACACACUAUUUUUAGCCAAAUAUAGUGAAAAAUUGUAUCUUGUUAAAUAUUUAUGCGCUUUAUUUUAUCAUUUAUUCAUGUUUUUAAUUUCACUAGACAGCAAUUUGUAUAGAAAAAAAGACAAAAUUGAUAAAAAAAUAUGUAAAUUUAGACAAUUAAUAGUAAAGCACAAAAAAAAUGUUCAAUAUUAACCAAAUUUGAAAAAAAAAACUCUUAAUAUAUAAAAAUUAUGAUUU